UUUCUGCAUGUUUAUUUAGUUUAUCUAUGGGUUGAUAUUUCUGACAUGGAUUUAGCGAGAUAAUCAUAUCUUUGGAAUGGUUUUCCUCCAACCUGUUUGUCGCAUUUGUGGGUUGGAAAUAGAUAAUACAAAUAAAAACAUUUCAUCUGUGCUUCUCCUUUUGGAUAGAUACAAAGGAAGAAGUUACGGAUAUGAUCACCGACUUCCGUAAUCAAUAAGUCUUGCCUAAUUAAUGUUUAGACUAAUAUUUGUUAAAAUUUUGAUGCUUAGGUUUCCUUUGUGCAGCGUUUCAUACAUAGUGCAACAAAAUGGCGAACAAUUCUCAAUCAACUUCCCAGGAUCCUCUUGGUCGGUCACGUGCUGAAAUUGGCAUGGAAGUGACCUUGGCCACUCUAGUGUGCCUCGCUUCCACGCUCGGCAAUUUGCUGGUUGUUUAUGUCAUCAAUAAAGACAUCCGACUCAAGAGCGUCACAAUCAUUUUCAUUCAAAAUCUGGCACUGACUGACAUCUCCAUGGCAACGCUACACAUGCCAUUUUGGGUAGUGAGUGUGUACACGGGAACUUGGAAUUUUAGCGAGUCGUGGUGUGAAGUCUCCGCAUCAAUACAGUUCACCUUAGGCAUGGCUUCCAUUCUCAACAUGGGUCUGAUCGCUCUGAACCGAUACAUAAGAGUCGUAAAACCAGCUCUGUACAGCAAGCUAUUCGCAAGUGAUAAAAAGGCCAGGUUUUACUGCCUUCUUGUUUGGCUGAUUGCCAUGCUUCUGGCCACGCCCCCUUUGUACGGAUGGGGCAAAAUGGCUUAUCAUUCAAAAUUCUUUGUUUGCACGUUCAACUGGCAAGUCAAGUACAUAUCAUACGCCAUAUUGACCGUAGGCGGAGUCGUUAAUGGGGUGACAACCGCAAUAUUUUACUGCUACUACAAAAUUUAUAAAACCGUGAAAAUAAGCACGCAAAAUAUGAACGCUCGUGAGGAAGAGCAUGGCGUCAGUACAUCGAAUUCUCGUCCCACUGACAUGAAACUUUUGAAGACCAGCUUCACUGUUGUUUGUGUCUUUUUGAUGACCUGGGGGCCAGUAUCUAUUGUCGUUAUUAUCGAGUCUGCUGGUUGCCUAAUUCCAAGGGAGGUCUGUAUCGUGGUUAUUUACCUGAUGUUCUCGAGUAGUUUGGCAAAUUCCAUUAUCUACGGAAUUAUGAAUCCGCAGUUCAAACUGGCGUUUAAAAAAGCAGUAAGUUGCGGUCGUUAUUGCAACGAAAAUAUAAAUCGCAGUCAUACAGAGAAUCGUACGAGAACUACUGACGCGAAUGUUCAAGAGGAAAUGGGAAGACGCUGUAGCGUUCAUCAGUCUACUUUAAUAGUCGAGAAGAGUGUUUAAUGUUUAA